GCCGCUCGGAUCCCCACCACCCCACGAGCUGCGCCGCCGGCGUCCUCCUCCUCCUCCUCCUGCUGCUCUCGCGGCAUCUGCGCUCCUGUGAGAGCCCCUACCAUGUCGCACGUCAGGUCCACCCCUACGGGGAAGUCCGGCGGGAGCGGCGGCUCCACGCCGGCGAAGCGCGGUCGGCCCUUCGGGAGCACCACCGGCAGCGGAGCAGCUGCCGCGGCGGCUGCGGUCGGCGACGCAGCGGCGCCGGCCGCCCUGGUUGGGCCAUCCCUCCAAGUGCUUACAGCACUCUCCGAUCAGAACAAUAAAAGAAUUGUCCUUGCAUUGCAAAGUGGGUUGAAGAGUGAGAUACUAUGGGCAUUGAAUGCCCUUACAGUACUCUCAUUCAAGGAGAAGGAUGAUCUCCGACGGGAUACAACACCUCUUGCUAAAGUUCCUGGGCUCUUGGAUGCUCUUCUUCAAGUUAUAGAUGAUUGGCGGGAUAUUGCAAUGCCUAAGGAUCAUACAAAACCGCCAAGAGUGAGAACUUUGGGUGUCAAUACAACACUGUCUGGCUUUGGUCAUGAGAAUGUUGAAAAAGUCUACUCAGACACCACCAUUCCUCCAGAUGACCAAACGAAGACAGAUGACUCCACUGUCACAAAGAAGCGGUCUGCAGGAUUUUGGUUUGAUGAAGAGGGCCUGUUUAAUGUUGAUGAUGAAGGACGGACAGAAAAGCAGCAGUGUGCUGUUGCAGCCUCCAAUAUAAUUCGAAAUUUCUCUUUCAUGCCAGAAAACGAGACUGUCAUGGUUCAACAUAGACAUUGCUUGGAGACUGUAUUUCAGUGCUUGGAAGACCAAAACACAGAAGACGAUGAGCUCAUAACAAACAUGCUCGAGACCCUUGUCAAUCUAGCACCUGUCCUGGACCUGAGAAUCUUCAGCUCAUCAAAGCCAUCAUUUAUUAAAAUAACUGAGAAACGUGCAGUUCAAGCCAUAAUGGGCAUGCUUGCAUCUUCAAUCAGGGUAUGGCAUUGUGCUGCUGCUGAAUUAAUUGGGCGGUUGAUAAUCAAUCCAGACAAUGAACCAUUUCUUCUUCCAGUCAUUCCACAGAUAUACAAGAGACUAGUUGACCUAUUGAGUGUACCGGCGUUCGAUGCACAAGGAGCUGCUAUUAGUGCGCUCUACAAUGUAGCAGAAGUGAAUAUGGACUGCAGGCUUAAGCUUGCCAGCGAACGCUGGGCUGUUGAUAGACUCCUAAAGGUCGUGAAGGCACCGCAUCCUGUGCCUGAAGUUUGUAGGAAAGCGUCAAUGAUAGUGGAGAGCCUAGUUUCAGAGCCUCAAAAUAGGAUGCAUCUCCUCGUCCACGAGAAUACUUUUGCUGAGAUACUCACGUCGGAAGGGAAAUAUUCUGACACAUUUGCAAGGAUUCUAUACGAACUGACUGCAAGGCCGAGUAACAAAGUGAUGGCAGGGCAAGCUAUCUGGGGAAACAUAAACUGAUGCAUGGCUGAUCUCCCUUGUGUUGUUAAAAUCUAGCCAAGAUGUAAUGUAGGUACUCGUUGAAAAUGCCUGGAGUUUCUUCUGAUUGUAGUAUGUAACAAGAUUUUAGCUGUAUCUAGACGCGGCCUCGCAGGCUUUUAGCUGGACUUCCAAAUUUGUUCCCACUUUUAUCAAAUUUUAAUGCAUUUCUUUUCUACUUUCGCAAACUCUAAGCCAUGUACUUUAUAUAAACUCCCGAGACAUUAAAGUUUUGUUUUGUACAAAUGAAGAGGGCAAAAGAUGACCUAU